AUGAUAACUCCACGAGUAUUUUAUCUUGCACUAGCACUAUCAGGCUUAGGUAAAGCCAAUGUCUUUCAGCGACAGAGCGGCCCCGUCGACCCGUCGACGGACCCAGACUGCAGUUUUUUUGACACUGCUUUUAGCACAGCUGAUACGUGUGACUUUUUUGAGUCAAACUGGGGAAUUUCCCACACAGAUUUUGUUUCAUGGAAUCCAUCUGUGAAAGCAGACUGUAGUGGCAUAAAAGUUGGUAACUCCUAUUGUGUUGAAGUCACUCGGCCACCACCUACAAUAACCACCACGACCUCAAAAUCCCCUACUGCAACCAGCCCUGUCAAACCAUCACCAACUCAAGAAGGACUCAUAGACUCUUGUACCACCUUUUAUAAGGCCAUACGCGGGGACACGUGUGACAAGAUAGUCACCCGUAACGGUACAUUCACGUUUGCUCAGUUCUUAGCUUGGAAUCCAGCUGUCGAAAGUGAUUGUGCUGGACUCCAGGCGAACGUUUUCUACUGUGUAGGAAUUCCCGGUACGCCAACUACCUCCACAGGGCCUAGCCCUACUUCAACGGGGCCUGUGAAACCGUCGCCGACACAGGAAGGCCUAAUUGAUACAUGUACGAAUUUUUAUCAGGCUGCCAGAGGAGACACUUGUGAUGUAAUCGUUCAAAAGUAUCGUACAUUCACAUUUUCUCAAUUUCUAACCUGGAACCCCGCUGUUGGAAGAGAUUGCAGUGGUCUUCUAGCAGCGGUAUAUUACUGUGUCGGCAUUCCCGGUACGCCUACGCAACCACCUGUCACUACUACAUCAACCACUCCAGGGAAUGGUAUUCAGACACCUCAGCCGACGCAGCCUGGCAUGGUCAGCAACUGUGACGCUUUCUAUUUCGUUAGUCCAGGGGACAGAUGUCAAAUGAUUGCCGACAAGAAUGGGAUCUCUCUCACUCAGUUUAUCACUUGGAACAAUGUCGGCGGGGCUUCAUGUCCGGGUUUGCAAGCCAACGUCAAUGUAUGUGUAAGCAUCAUUGGUCACACGGCAACAAUUACGAGCACCAAGCCAGCUACUACAACUGCCCCAUCGAAUGGUAUUCAAACUCCGCAACCAACGCAGCCAGGUAUGGUUGGAAAUUGUGACGCCUUCUAUUUUGUGCAACCGGGAGAUGGCUGUCAAAAGAUUGCUGACAGAAGUGGUAUCUCACUCGCCCAAUUUAUCUCAUGGAAUGAUGUGGGUGGUGCUUCUUGUGGUGGCCUCCAAGCAAAUGUGAAUGUUUGCGUGAGCAUCAUUGGGGUUUCACCAACUUUCGUUUCGACAACAGCAACUUCGGUAUGUGCGACCGCUGCUCCAACUCCAACGCAACCAGGAGCGGUGUGUCGAUGCAAAACUUGGCAUCAGGUACGCGAAAACCAGUUUUGUGGAGAUAUUGAAGCUUUGUACAGAAUCACUGCUGCACAAUUCAAUGCGUGGAACCCGCAGGUUGGAGCGGACUGCAGGCUGUUGUUUUUGGGUUAUUAUGUCUGUGUUGGUGUAUAG